UUUCGACGCCCUCGGACACCCAUCCUACGCCUACUCGAGGAAAUGGACGAGUCCGACCCCGACGGGCUUCCCUUCCCAUGCCCUCCUACGACCCACCGAGGAAGCCGGACGGACCUCGGUUCCGCCGACAGUACGCUAGGACUUCCCCAGCCAACGAGGAGACCGACAAUCUCUCCGACCUAUUGGAGGUCCUAGGACAGGACUUGGUGCCGUUGGAGGAGGAUGGGGACCAAAAUCUAAUGUCCGAAGUAGCCCACGGAAGCGAGCUGGUGGAAGCUCCCACCAAUUGGAAGGUGGAAACGCCCCAACGCCAACUACCCCGUGGCCUAGUUGAAGAGGUCCGCUGCAGCGAGGGACGAGGAACCAGGACCAGGUUCACACACACCUACCUCGUCACCACCUAUCAGGUGAACAGAUCCAAAACCGAACGUAUCGGGAUUUUUAUUCGCCCGGAGGAAAAGGGGGGAGUGUGACGCACCAUACUGCGCCUCAUAAUAAAAUAAUAGCCCAGAAAUAUAUAUA